AUGCUAACAGAACAUUGUAUUUCGUCGUUUCGUGCUAUGAGCUACAAUAUACGAUUAGACUUGGUUCAGGACGGCCAAAAUCAAUGGAAUCUCCGUAAAGAUCGUCUAACCAGUCUUAUUCGUUAUCAUAAACCUGAUAUUUUCGGUGUCCAAGAAGCUUUGCCUCAUCAAGUGGUAAACUUAAAGAUGGCAUUGCCUGCCUUUGAUUGGUAUGGUGUAGGUCGUGACGACGGCAAAAAUAGAGGCGAGUUUUCUGCCGUCUUUUAUCGCUCUGAUCGUUUCGAAAUACUUGAUAACGGUUCAUUUUGGCUUUCGGAAACACCAGACAUUGCUGGAAUUGCUAAUGUUAAAUCAGUUGUAUCAAAAUUAAUACAACUCAUUCUAGCACCAAUGAAGUCAGCAUUGUGUAAGUUAGCUUUAACAAAGCGAGCUAUCAUUAUUCUUGCUUCAGUGAAUAUCACAUUUGAACAUUUACUUUUUGUAUAA